UGAGUGGAGCCUGUCUGCCAACAGCUUCAGCAGCGGCUCUAUCUGGAUCCUACUACACUCACUGACAAUUAAAGGAGGCCCCUUUUUCUUCUUAUUUCCGAGGACUAUUCUUCACCAUGGGCGACAAAAAGAGCCCUACCAGGCCAAAAAGACAAGCCAAACAGACCGCAGACGACGGCUACUGGGACUGUAGCGUGUGCACCUUCAGGAACACCGCCGAGGCUUUCAAAUGCAGCAUCUGCGAUGUGAGGAAGGGCACAUCCACAAGGAAACCCAGGAUCAACUCCCAGCUGGUGGCCCAGCAGGUGGCCCAGCAGUACCCGAUGCCACCCCCGCCCAAGAAGGAGCGGCGGGAGAGGAGCGAGCGCACAGACAAGGAGCGCCCGGACGGGGAGGGAGAGCGCCCCAACGGCGAGCCAACGCGCCCCGAAGUUGAGCGUCCAGAGAUAGUGAGGCCAGAGGUAGAGACCCCCGAGAAGGACAAGAGCGACAAGGAACAGCCAAUCAAAGACAAGCCUGACGGAGAGAAGGAAAUCAGCCCGGCCAUCACGAAGAAGCCCGGCAGCAAAAAGACCAGACCCAAAUCAGACAACCACCAGAGCCCACCCAGCGACAAACACAGCAUACAGUCUGGCAAAUCGGCAACCAAGACCAACAAGAACUCUCACAUUACCAGGCCCAAACUGAAGAACAUCGACAGGAGCACCGCCCAGCAGCUGGCCAUCACCGUGGGCAACGUGACGGUGAUCAUAACAGACUUUAAGGAGAAGACCCGCUCCUCGUCCACGUCCUCGUCCACCAUCACGUCCAGCGCGGGCUCCGAACAGCAGCACCAGAGCUCCGGCUCCGAGAGCAUGGACAAAGGCUCGUCGCGCGCCUCCACGCCCAAAGGCGAUCUGUCGGUGGGGCACGACGAGUCCUUCUGAGCCCCGCCCCCUGUUUUACCGCCCCGCCCCCCCCCCCCCCCCCCCCAAACACCACUUCUUCCCCCACUCCUUCCUUGCUCCUCCUCACCGCCCUUUGCUCCCACUCGCCUCCCGCCUCUCCCCACCCACCAUCAAUCCCCACCGCCCCCCACCCCCACUACCCACUACGGAUCCCACGUGGGGGAGGAGCUUUCACCUUUCCCAUCGCUGCCCCGCCUCCAUUCCACAACCGGAUGCUGAGAGGAACAGCGCGGUGCGUCUGUCUGUCCGUCUGGGGGGGGGAAACACCCCCAGUGGGUAACUCCCCCGUGGCGAAGGAGAGGAUUAAACCCCCCCAAACCCCGCCCCCUCCACCCCCUGCGGUAGCAUCCAGACACUUGUAUGUAUUGUUUUAUAUUUGUACGUGGAUGUGAGGCCAAGUCGACUUUUUUUUUUUUUUUUCUGUUUUGUUUUUGUAAAGAAGAAUUCUCCGCUGGGCACAAUAACCACCACCAUUUUAAUAACUUUAAACUAUUAUUACCCUUAUUUAUUACCUGUUGCACCUGUAUACUUUGAUAUUCUCCUCUUUAUUUGGUUUUAUUUUUGUUUUUUUGUUGAAGCUUUGCUGUGUAGCUCUGCCGACCGAUCGUUCCUUCAGUGUUUUUAUUACAGUUAAAAAUGACAGGGCAAGACUCGAGUCGAGACACACACACACACACACACACACACACACACACACACAACAAAACCCCCAAAACACACACUGGUGCUAGAUACACUGUGAAGCGGCUUUUGCAGAUCCAGAAUGGCCCACUCACUCUAAUGUGAUGAAGGCGUCAUUCUCUUCAUUCUUACAAACACUGUCUCACUCUGAACACUGUCGGGACCCCACCCCUCCCCCUUCCACCUUCCCCCGUUCCUCCCCCCCAGUCCCCACCCCCACCGCGGGGUCCGUCCAGAUACGUUCUGUACAGGUCAACGUGUAUCCGAAAGUCACCCGAAGCUCGAAAAACACCUGACUUUUUUCAACUUAGACUGUCUAUGAUUUAGUAUGCUAUAGCAGAAUCUCAUAUCCAGUAUCUUCUGUCUUUAACUGUACAGUGUAGGCUGUUGUGUAUAACACUAAAAAGCUGUUGAUAUUUUCUGCAUUCCGUACUUAAAAUAUUGAGUUUCCUGGCUGAAACAGCUGGUCGAUUUGUUCUCUCAGCUCCUCGUGGCCAGGAUUUUUUAUUCUUUUUUUUUGUUUGUUUGUUUGUUUUUUUUAAAUAUAUAUUUCGUUCCUGUAGUGACUGAAGGAUGGUUACGACGCAGUUCCAAAAGUUGGUGAAACCAUAUCGAACUGUUUAAGGAAAAAAAAAAAAAUGAGGGAAAAAAGAAGACCUGUUGUGUCAAAAACUGUUUUUUUUUUGUUUUGUUUUUUGUUUUUUUCUCUUGUGGUCCUGAAGAUUCUCUCAACCUCCCUGAAAACAAGUGCAAAGACAUGAACAUUUUACCAAGAUUGACAAUUCAAUUGAUUUGUUUGUUUUUAUUAUUAUUAUUAUAUUAUAUUAUUAUCAUUAUUAUUAUUAUUAUUAAUUUAAGACUCCUGUCGUUGAAGGCAAAAAAUAUUGCAGUAGUUGACAAUUUUUAGAGCAGCAAGGCUUAUUUAAAGGUUUUAAUUCACUUUCACCUUAGCUGAUACUAGACCAACAUAAUUUCCUUUUAACUGUAUGAAAUUGUAUAAAGAAUAAAUGUGUAUAUGAUAUCUUAGUUUUAUUUAUUGAAGGACCAAAGGUAUUUCAUAAUGACAUGAUACAUAGACAGAUGAAUAACAAUUUGAAAUGCAAUUAUCUAAUGUGUGAGAUGAAUAACAGUUUAAAUAAAGACUAAUAUAAUCCAUGUAAAUGGUGUUCUUAUUGUCCACUCGUCUCUGUGCAAAUCACAGCAGAGAACGUCCACAUUAAAACUGUGAGUUUUUCCCAGUUUUUCCCAGAACACUAUCAGCUCCGAGCGGCGAUGGCGGCGAGAAACAGAUCGGAUGUGGGCGGGUCGCAGAGUGGAGCCGUGGGUCGAAUCCCCCCUGAAAACCCACUUAGUUUUGUUUUUUUUUCUUAAUAUAUAUAUUUUGAUCCUCUUUUUUUCCACUCUGGACUCAGCAGCACAUGUAGCUCCCUUUAAAACCCACUGAACCCGGGUUUAGUGACGUAAACGCACUUACAAAAUAAAAAAAACCCACUGGGAUUCGAUCUGUGUCGACUAAAAAAAUAGCUUUGCAGGUUCACACGUAGAGAGAGAAAAUAAUUGUGUAUGCAAUGUUUCAAGUCCAGGAGAUACUGUACGUGUUCAUACGUUUGUUUGUUUUCUGCUCUGAAGCUGUGGUUAAUAUGUAAUUAUGUACUUUAUCGCAUACAGAUAAUGAAAUCAGUGUUCGAAAAGUGAGGAAAAGCAAUGUGAAUACAACUCCAAAAAUGGGGGAAAAAAAUGUUUCUGUCCAAUUUUUACUGAGAAUAAACAACCACCCCUCCUCCCCAAACAAACUCACCCCCCAGUUUUAUUUUAUUUUUUGUUUUUUUGUAUUUUUUUUUUCUUAUUAUUUUUUGCUUUGUAAUGCAAUCUGUUUUGGAAAUGGGCCUAAAAAGCCAUGUCUUCACCUGCCUUAUCUGCAACCACAUUCACUUGACUGAGUACUCCAACAGAAAGGAUUCAUUGUUAAAUUAUUGACUAAUGGCCAUUUGCUGAGUAUAUGAAAUAUUGCUUGUAAAUAGAAUUUUAAAAAGGUGCAAAAGAAACACUAUGAAAUGAAAAAUGGCAUUGGAGCUGAAGUCUUUUGUUUCCUGUUUCCUUUCCGCGCAAGCAGUUCUGUUCUUGUGUGCGACCAGUAACCUUAAUUUACUGUGUAAAGAUGGUUACAUUUUUUAGCUUUGUUUGUCAGAGACCCAAAUAUAGAAUGCUUGUUUACUGACUGUAUAACCUUAACCGUGAAUUUCCAACUAAGUGUAUUAUACAAACUCAUUUCUUCCUAUAACAAUGUCUUGUACAAUGCUUUUAAAGUUAUUGCUCGGUUUUAAAAGAAAAACGACAAAAAAAAAACUUGUAGGAACAGUAAAAUAACCCAUUCUUUGUUUAAUCCAGUUUUUGUUUUUUCUUUAUUUUUUUUUUAUUUUUUUUUUCUUUUGUUUUUUUCUUUUUUUUUGUUUUUUUCAACUUAUAGCUGAUGUGUCAUUGUUUCCCCUUGUGAAAUGGUCACAUUCUGUUCCUGGUGUGGAAAUGUAUGCAGCAUUUUCAGCGGAUCACGGCUCCUUGUCUAGCUUAUAAUGUUAAAAUAAUACAUGUUUCUGGCAUGUGCACGACUUUGCGCUUAUAGGCUAACCUGAUCAUUUUCCUCCGCUUCAAAUAGAAAUGUCUAUUUAUGAAUUUUGCUUGUAGUUUUUCACAAAUAAAACUGUUAAAGUUA